CCCGGAAGGGGCUGCUGGGCAGAGGUGGUAAAGCUUGGGGUGGACCCAGGGCGUCCCGCCCCCCCCUCCGAGUGCGACCCUUCCCACCCUCCACCCCCCGAGUGGACCUACUUCAGAGAAGCGGUGCCCAGGACUGCCAGAGCAGCCGAGACAUGGAGAAGUUCGGCAUGAACUUCGGGGGUGGCCCCAGCAAGAAAGACCUGCAGGAGGCGGUGGAGUCGCAGCGGAAGCAGCUGGCCCAGUACCAGGGGCGGCUGAAGGAUGAAUGUGAGGCCUACAAGGCCAGAGAGUCAUGCUCGAAGGAGAAGGAGGCCCUGGAGGCCGGCCUCAGAAUCCUCUCCAGUGUCCCACCGAGGUGAGACGUGGGCGGAGUGUGUCCCAGCAGCCAAGGCUGGCGGCUCCAGCCCAGACCCCAGCGGCGACAGGACUUCCCGUGCACAGCGAAGACAGUGCGGGACUGGGCGGCCAGCCUGUAGCCAGCACCAAAGGGAGACUCCGGCCCCGAGGAGAGAGGGCCAAUGGAACGCUUCUCUCACCCCUCGGCUGGGAGGGCGAUGGGCAGUUCGGAAAGCUCCGGCAGCAUCGGCGAGCCCAGCGAAGUGGACCGAAGGGUUCUCCAGCUGAAGACGCAGCUAGCCACCAUCACCAGCGCCCUGGCCACCGUCGCCCAGGAGAAGUCCCGCAUGGAGGCCUCCUACCAGGCAGACAAGAAGAAGAUGAAGCAGGAUCUGGAGGAGCUGAGCAGGAGGGCGGGCGAGGAGCGCAGCAGCGGCCUGGAGAGUGAGCUGAGGGGGUCCCAGCAGCAGCUGGCAGAGACCAAGGCCCGCCUGAUCACGCAGCAGCGACCCGACUGGGCGCCCAGGGAGCAGAGUGACCGCGCCGCCAUGCUGGGGGGAGCUCAGCACCUGCUCCAGGAGAGCCAGAGAGAGCCAAAGCGGCUUGGGGGGGGGUGGGGCAUGGAGUGAGACCAGAAGAGAAGCUGGCAUGGGCAAAAGCAGGGGUGGCUGGACCAGGCCGAAGGGGCUGGCCGCCAAGCCAAGCAGCUGGCCCAGGAGGCAGAGGGCCUGAAGAGGGCGCUGCAGGCCGCCCAGGAGGAGAGCUGCAGGCCCAAUCCACAGCUGCAGGAGCUGCGGGCUGAGAUGGUGGCCCUCAGGAGCCAUUUCCAGGCCCAGCUGCUGCAGGAGAUGAGAAAGACUGCUCAGGCAGAGGAGCGGGUCCAGGCAGAAGAGCAGAGGGUGACCGGCCUGGAGGGCCAGAUGUCCGAGGUGUCCGAGCUGCUGGGCACCUACGAGAAGGCCAAGCAGAAGGACCAGGCCACCAUCCAGAAGCUGAAGGACCGCAUUGCCCAGCUGGACCUGGAGAACAAGACGCUGGCCAUGGCUGCCUCCGGUCGCUCCCCGCUGGAUCUUGCCAUCGAGGAGACCAACCUGGACGUCAACAUCCUGAGGGAGAAGAUGGAGAAGCUGCAGCAGCUGGUGCAGGUGGCUGCCAAGCACGGCCCGUCCCCGGUGGCCCCGGAGGCCCCCUGCCCGCCUGAGCUGCCCACGGGCGGCACGGAGACGGGGGACGGGGAGAAGGCCUCUGCCGCCUACUACCAGCAGGAGCUGAGGCAGCUGAAGGAGGAGUUUGAGCGGUACAAGCUGCGGGCUCAGGUGGUCCUCAAGAACAAGUCGGCCAAAGACGGCAGCCUGGCCAGGGAGCUGGAGGAGGCGCAGGAGCAGCUGGCGGAGCUGAAGGGGAAGUACGUCUCCCUGCGGCUCUCCUGCGAGGAGGUGGAGCAGCAGCACCGCCAGCAGCUGGAGGCCAAGAGGCAGGAGCUCUCCUGCCUUCAGCAGCUCCACCGGCAGCAGCUGGAGAAGUGCCAGGGGGCCUGCAGGGAGAGGGUCCUGCAGCUGGAGGAGGAGAUCCACAAGCAGCGGGACCGAGCGCUGCUGGUGCUGGCGGAGAAGGACCAGGAGCUGCAGCACCUGCGGGUCACAGCCUCGCCCUCUGGCCUCCAGAGUGCCCAGAAGGCCCUCGGGCCGGGCCCCCAAGCCGACGGCAGCGACGGCAGCCAGGAGCCGCCAGGGGCAGAGUCCUUGGAGAGCCUCACGCAGGCCCUGUGCCUGACCGCCCCCCCCGGCCAGCCGAGCCUCCUGUUGUUCAGGGAGCAGCUGGCCCGGAAGGAGGUGGAGGUGGCCGCUCUGAAGAGGGAGAAGCACCGGCUGGAGGCCGAGGCCCGCCACCUGCGGGAGAGGCUGCUGGAGGAGCAGGAGAGGAGCAGGGAGGAGGUGGCUGCUCUCCAGGGCCACGUCCAGAAGAGCUUCCGGGACCAGAGCAGGGAAGGGGCCAACCUGGAGUACCUGAAGAACAUUUUCUACCGGUUCCUCACCUUGACGGACUCGCUGGGUCGGCAGCAGACGCUGACGGCCAUCCUGACCAUCCUUCACUUCAGCCCAGAGGAGAGGCAGGUGGUGUUGAGACACGAGGCCGGCAGCCACAGUUGGUGGCCUCCUGGGAAGAGAUGAGGCUGCCCUUCCUGGACCGGGGCCGAGGGGACGGCCGUCGCUGUUUAGUGCCAAUAGACGGGGCGGACAGAUGCUGGGACCCACCGACUGCAGCUCUGUACCCCUCCCCCAACUGCAGUUUGUGCUGCCUCCUGCCUAUGGGGCAGGAGUACCUGGAGAGCUCGUUUUCCCCAAAGGGGGCUCUGCUCAGGGUCAGGUGGGAUUUAUUUUCAAGGACUUUUUGUUUCUUGCUUUGAAUCCACCAGACGUGGAAGGGGCAGCGGGGGGGGGGGGGGGGUCUGUGAUCCCGGAUGGUGUUUCUCAAUGCUCAUGAUUGGUUAAUAAAAAGAGCAUUAGCUGCCCUCCCCCUGGGCCAAGUCCUUGGUGCCCUUGGUAUGUUCCAGUGCUCCAGGGUAGCCCAGGUGAGACAAGGAGAGCAGCUCCUCUGGGGUGGAGGCACACCUUGGCCACUGGGCUAGGGGUGCAGACAAACUCUGGCCCCAGCAGCAAGCGCUUGGCUGAAGGAACCCAGCCCGCUGCUUGCUACUCACGGGUCGUACGAACCAGGCUGAGACUGGAUUCAGCCCAUUUCUGGACCUCUGGCACCUGCUGCCCUCCAAGGAGAUAGUAGCACUGGCCAGAGUGGGGCGGAGGGGUGCGUGUGCCAGGAUGUUACCAUGGUUGCAGGGAACAGGGCUGUGAAAUGUGUUGUGUGGCCCAUUCAUUCAACCUAUCCUACCUCACAGGGUUAUUGUGAGGAUAGAAUAAAGAACUGUGUCUGCUGA